AUGAACACCUUCUCUACGUUCCUCGUCUUAUUCAUCCCUUGGAUCCUCAUUGCACUUGGACCCCUUCGGUGCUUCUGUGAACCUCGCAGAGGUCCGCAGUGCCAGCUCUGUUCCCAAAACCCAUUGAGCGUGCUUGGCGAAGAGGAGCGGGAACUGGCACGCAUCGCCUUUGGGGCGCGUGCGACCCCCGGGGUCGUUGGAUGUCGGCCUGGGUUUGUCCUCCGGCGUCAUUUAUUGGGGAGGCAGCGUUCCCUAAGCACCUUACCAGCAGCUUCCAUUUUGGCGUGGAAGACUGCUCUGAGCAAUGGCUGUUUGUCAUCACUGGGAACCAGAGACACCCGUCCCUACGCCAGCUUGAGCCACGCACUGCAGACACAAUGCUGUGUUUCUUCUCCCAGUCACCUGAUGGGCCAGCAGUAUAGACCAUAUAGUUUCUUCACUAAAUUGACUGCAGAUGAGCUGUGGAAAGGCGCUUUAGCGGAGAGUGGUGCCGGAUCAAGAAAAGGAAGAGGCAAAAGAACUAAAAAGAGGAAAAGAAAGGAUCUGAACAGGGGUCAGAUCAUUGGUGAAGGGCAUUACGGUUUUCUGUGGCCUGGUCUGAAUGUCCCUCUUAUGAAAAAUGGAGCAGUGCAGACCAUCGCCCAAAGAAGCAAGGAAGAGCAGAAGAAGGUGGAGGCCGACAUGAUCCAGCAGAGAGAAGAGUGGGACCGAAAGAAGAAGAUAAAGGUUAAACGCGAGCGAGGAUGGAGUGGAAGCUCCUGGGGAGGCGUCAGUCUUGGCCCCCCUGACCCUGGCCCCAAUGGAGAAACAUACGAGGAUUUUGAUACCAGGGUACUUGAGGUAAGAAAUGUUUUCAAUAUGACAGCGAAAGAGGGAAGAAAGAAAUCGGUCCGUGUCCUGGUGGCUGUGGGGAACGGAAAAGGAGCUGCAGGUUUUGCUAUUGGGAAAGCCACUGAUCGGAUGGACGCUUUCAGGAAAGCAAAGAACAGAGCAGUUCACCGUUUGCAUUAUAUAGAACGAUAUGAAGACCAUACAAUAUUCCAUGAUAUUUCAUUAAGAUUUAAAAGGACGCGUAUCAGGAUGAAGAAACAACCCAAAGGUUACGGCCUCCGCUGCCACAGAGCCAUCAUCACCAUCUGCCGGCUCAUUGGCAUCAAAGACAUGUACGCCAAGGUCUCUGGGUCUGUUAAUAUGAUCAACCUCACCCAUGGCCUGUUCCAUGGGCUCUCCAGACAGGAAACCCAUCAGCAGCUGGCUGAUAAGAAGGGUCUCCAUGUUGUGGAAAUGCGGGAGGAGUGUGGCCCUCUGCCCAUUGUGGUGGCCUCCCCCCGGGGGGCCCUGAGGAAGGAUCCGGAGCCAGAAGAGGAAGUUCCAGACAUCAAACUGGACUGGCAAGACGUGAAGGCCGCGCAGGGGAUGAAGCGCUCUGUGUGGGCUAAUUUGAAGAGAGCCGCCACGUAAGCUCUCUGGCCUUGUGCAGCCAGUUCCCGUACCUCGGAGAGACCAGGAGAGACUCAGCCCCUCACAGCUUGGGGCGUGGCCUUGGUUUUUGUUUGUUUUGAGGAAAGUUUAAUCUGUAAACUCUUCAGAAAUAAAUAAUUAACAGCUUUCA